AUGUUCUCAGCUCGCUCAGGAAAAGCUCACAGGCUGAUUUGUGUUCCCCUUUCCUCCUCGCAACAUGUCGCCACACACAAGCUCAGCUUUUGUAACCACGCCGUGGACCUCCACACGCAAGAGAUCCCCCGGAUCAACCUCGCCCUCAAAAACUCGCAGGCAAGCGACAUCCCACCGGGAUCUGAAACGCAGUUGGGGCAAUUCCCCUGUGCUGAUUCUUCUGGUUUGGAGGGGCUGUCUGAGCUGUGCAAAGACCCUGAAACUGGCCACUCUGCGAAUGGGGACGACGUCACUUCACGAGACGGGAACAACGACCCUAAGUCCGGGAACCUUGCCUACAAAGGCACUAUACGAUCUGGUCCGCGCGCUCUACAGCCCAACAUGUCUCCUCGGACUCUGCGCUCUAUUCCGACCGGUCCGGCCAACUCAUUCCCACCUGGCCAUCCCGAGAACCGUUCAAAACAUUCUAGCAGUUCGGCUGACACCACUAAUACUCAUACUGCCCAAAAUGGAUAUCCAGCCAGGAAUGGCCCAGGUCAAGAUCAUGCGAGGAGCCGUAAUGAAGCAGGUGAUUAA